UCCCGCAGUCAAAAUCUCAUUAUUGAACGAAUGGCUGUUGUCAGUUUUCUUGUAAAUAUUUAUCAAAAUUUUAAGUUUUAAAUCCAAGCUGAAUAUAAAAGUUAUGAAUUAAGUAAAAGUGAAAGUAGUGUGUUAUAAAUAUUUUUUAAUUCAGCCACACAAACCAUCGAUACAUGGCCCGCGAUGUCCACCAACAAUGGGAUGACGAUGGCUACUCGGAGAGGGACAGCGACGACAGCCCCAUACUCUCAUACAGAUAUGAUAAGCACCGUCGCUACGUGCCGCUCGCGCGCGACAUCAAAUUCGAGAGGGAGCGCCGCUGGGCGGUGACGGCGGUCGCGAAGUGCUCGCUCUUCAGCACCGCCAUGAUACUGUUCUGCGUCCUGUUGUACAUCCCCGUGUACAACAGGGCGAACGAUCAGCUACCUAAAGUGGCCGUAGCGGGGUGGUCAGUUCACACCAACAGGGACACGAAGAUAUACGUACAGCCGGACAACGUCACCACGGUCCACGAGCCGAAGGACAUAUGUCCGAAGAGCAUCAGGAGAAGUAGAAAUAGUUUAUUCCUACUCAUAGUAGUUUGUUCUUCCACUAGCAACUUCGCGCAGCGCAUAGCGAUACGCGAAACGUGGGGUAAUUACGACAAUUACAUUCGAACGGCGAAAAUAUUCGACGCGGUUCGGGAGAAGUAUAAAUAUUACAAUUACACGUACGAUCUUUACGAGGAGAAGAAAGUUAAUCUAAGUGUAAAUAUGGUAGAUAGGAAGAAACGAGAAAUAUCCGGUUUCAGUCGGUUCCUACCGGAAUUGGCUAAAGCGUUGCAGAGCAAUCUCAUCGAUGUUGAUAACGUAACGCCGGAGAAACGAUUCGAAGACGAAAAAGAGCAAGAAAUGUUGCCAGAAUUUGACAUGAACAAAGAAAUGAACGAGCCAGAGGAAGAUUUAGACGUGGAUUAUGAUUAUCAGUCGAACAUAAUGAAGAUACCUCCUAGAGGGUAUGAGGAUAGCCCCGACGUGAACAAAGUUCUAACACUACUCAAGAAGUCGAAGGAAUUCCCAAAGAGUGAGGUCUCGGAGCGCGAGUCUGGCAACAUGAACGUCGAUUUCAAAUUAGUGUUCCUAUUGGGGCUGCCAUCGCAAGACAACGAUACGGAAAUCCAGGAGAAGAUCGAGGAGGAAGUGGAGAAAUACGGUGAUGUGAUCCAGGAAGGCUUCAUCGAUUCGUACAACAACUUGACUCUGAAGUCUAUCAUGAUGCUAAAGUGGGUCACCAACAAUUGCAAUGAAAGUGUUCGUUACAUUCUGAAGACCGACGACGAUAUGUACGUGAACGUUCCGAACCUCAUCGAAAACCUUCGCAACCGGUCCAAGGUCCACGAUUCCACCAAGGGUCAGGAGCAGGAGUACCUGCUGAUAGGGGACCUUAUAUGUGGCGCGAGGCCCGUGCAGGACGUAGGCAGCAAGUGGUACAGCCCGCGCUACAUGUACGGCGGGCGCGUGUACCCGCGCUACCUGUCGGGCACGGGCUACGCGCUGUCGGCCGGCGCGGCGCGCGCGCUGUACGCGGCCGCGCUGCGCACGAGCUACUUCCACCUCGAGGACAUCUACAUCACCGGUAUGUGCGCAGUCCGAGCGAAGCCGCGCAUCGUACCUCGUGACGAGCCGGGCUUCUCGUAUAGCGCGGUCGGCAAUAACGCGUGCGUCGCGCACUCCCACCUCACCGCGCACCGAGUGCAGCCCGCGCACAUGCGGCUCGUGGCGCGCGGGCUGAGCGACGAGCGGCACGUCGACAGAUGUGAAAGAAUGCGGUUGACACAGAUGAAAGUCCGUCAUAGCGGUAUGUACGUAGUGUACAAAUAUCUUCGCUUACUCGUCACCAAUGAAUGCUAAGGACCAUAUGUUUACAUACACAACCAGGUAAUUGGAAUAGCGGGUGAUAAACUAAAACUAGAUCGCAACGAUUAUAAUAUUUUGAUGAAUAUUUUUUGACUGUUAUAUUUAUAUUAUAUGAAAAAUUAUUAUACAAUUCGGAAUAAGCUUUUAUUAAAUAUAAGAUUUAUGAUAUCGAAUUAUUUAUUGUGCAAUUAAUCGAUGACAAUUAUGUUGAAUCUCUUCUAUGAAGUUACAUGUUUUUGUAUUUUAAUUUUAACAUGCACAUGUGUUGUUGUUGCACGAGUGAGUUUACCUGGUUUUGAUUGUAAACAGUCGCUAUGAUCAGUAUUCAAAAUACUUUAGUUUUAUAAAUACUGUUGACAAACGAUGGAAAUUAUAUUUUUCUACGUCUACAUCGGUUAACCUUCUCCUCAAAAAGAGGAGAGGAGGCCUUAAGCCCAGCAGUGGGACAUUCACAGGCUGUUACGGACGGAUUACGGACGUCUACAUCAUUAAUUGCAGCAUUAUUACGCUUUGGUUUAUAAGCGACACGCUAAGUAAGUUAACAGUGUCGCGACCACUCGCAUAAUAUGUUAUAUCAUGUACUAUAAGUUAACUAAUAAUAUUUUUCUGUAUUGUAAAUGAACAUGUUAAAUGUACAUGCAGGCGUGUUUCAAAUAUAAUUUCCAUCUCCACCGUGUUUUGGUGUUUUUUUAUAAAACUCUUUACAAUUUUCUUUUAAUAUAAAUCUUCCUCGUAUUAAAUUUGUAAUGAAUAUUUUUUUAUAUAUUGAAUGUAGCAGCAGCGGCGGAAAUUGUCGCUAGUACAUGAAGAAGUGUGUACACAUCGUGUAAUCGACUUAUGUUUUAUAUUAAUAUGAAUUAUAAAUUAAUUUUAUUUUCUUUUAUUCACAUUAUGUUUUUUAUCAUAAAACUUAUACUAGCGACAAUACCGAAUUAGAAAGACAUUAUUUAUAAAAAAAAAUAAAUAAUUUUUAUUCCGUAAUUUUUUUAACGGUAAUUGCUCAAUAUUUAUAUUUUGGAAAUAGUUAAAUUUUUCCCUUUGUAAAGUUUUAUAUCUAGUUUCAAGUAGUACGAAGUGGCGGCUCGGGCGGAUUUAAGAUGGUUUACAAUAUAAGAUGGAAUCAUUUCGUAUGUACAGACAGACAUUUAAAAUUAUUUAUCUUUAGAUAAACAACCUUUUUUUGUAUACUUCAAGCCAAUUCAUACAAGCCAAGCUUGCAUUACGACUAUACGACUCAUAUUAUUGUACGCAAAAACAAUCUUUUGUCGAUCCGGUGUUGCUAAACACACUAUCAGCUCUGGAUUUUCUAGGCAUACAAGGCACGGGCCUAGGAACAAGCAAAAAUUUUUUUUUCUAACCGCUUCGACAUGGAGGGGGUCCUCAAAAUGCCUACGGGCCCGCAUACUGUAUGUAAUGCGAUUCGCUCGCCCCCUGUUGCACGGUGAUGUUAAUAUAUCUCAAACAUUCAAACGCUUAUAACUUUCAACUCAUAUGGACGAAAGCAUCAUUUAUAUAUAUAUAUAUAUAUUUUUUUUUUUUUUUUAUAAAUGAACGGCUUUACCUAUAGAUGUUGUUAAAGGUCCCCCUUUAACAACAUUAACAACAACUAACAACAACAAAAGGGGGUCCUUUAUAACAACUAUUAUCAUCAUCAUCAUCGUUAUUGUGUCGUACACAUUCACUGACGGCUUCACGGACGGCCGUGAGCCGUUUACAAUUAAUAUGAGCUCUCACAGACACUUGAAUAGGCAUUUUACCUUUAUAUGUUAGUACUGAUUCGGAAUGUAGAUCCGGCAUGAAUCUCCGUUGUUAUUCUUUUCCAUCAAAAAAUAACAGAUGUGUCAAUGAAAUAUAAUUACAAUGAUGUAUUUAUUAUUUGAAAUAUUUAUAUUAAAAAGUUGCAAAUGUCUGUCUGUACACGUGUACAUUAUAUUCAAGUGAUUGUUAUUCGCGACUGGUCUUAUAUCACAUGUCAUAUACUACCGAGUCAUAUUACUUUAGUAUUGUUUCAUAAUGUCUUACAUUAGUCAUAGACGUGUAUUUUUGUAUGACUGAUUAUAUACAUACUAAAUUAUUCAUAAUUUCAUAAGUGACGAGACUCGACUACGGAAUCAUAUUAAAUUCGAUAAAUGAUUAAAUUGUCUACUAUUUCGCGUUUAUUCAUCCGUGGUCGAGUGUUAUCCUUUGUUAGUUAAGUUUGAUUAUCAUAAUCGUUUAAAGAGAGAUAACGCGCCGUGGAAUAUAUGAUAAUAUGACGCGUUCGGUCACGAUGUCCAUUCCUUUAUAUAGUGACUAUUCGAUGGGCAAACUAAGUUUCGCCGACCUUUGACCUUUGUGUGGGACCUGAAGUGUGUAAUAUCAUAGUUAUUUAAUCAAUCGGCCAUUCUAGAUUUAUACUAGUUGUACUGUCAAAUUAAUGAAAAUAUAUCGCGUGGCAUAUUAUCGCUAAUGUUGUCAAUAUGACGCACCAGUCGACAGUCAUAUAUGAUCUUAAGAUAAAAACUGUACCCGACUGAAUAUAGAAAUAUUAGCGGUGAUAUUGUAUAGGUUGUAAUAGUUACUUAAAUAUUAUGUACAUAUAUAUAUAUAUAUAAUUUUGUCAUGUUUUGAAUAUAAAUGGGGAAUAUGCAGACGCUUUGAAGUUAAAUUGUGAGUUUUACGUGCUCUUUUUUAAUUAUAAAGAUAUUACGAUGUGAUAAAUACUUGUAGUAAGUAUUUGGAAUCAUAUUUUUGUUCAUUACUAAAGAAAAUAAUAAAUCCACGUGUGUUAUUGGUGGCGUGACCCUCUGUGACGUCAGUGGUGUUAUCGAAUCAAGUGUUUUUGGUAUUAUAGUUAUAACCUGACUAAAUAAUAAAAUCGUUCAGAAAAGAAGUAUUUAUCAAAACGAGAAAUAUAUUUUUUUUUUAUAGAAUAGGAAGGCGGACGAGCAUAUGGGCCACCUGAUGGUAAGUGGUCACCAACGCUCUUAGACAUUGGCAUUGUAAGAAAUGUCAACCAUCGCUUACAUAUCCAAUGCGCCACCAACCUUGGGAACUAAGAUUUUAUGUCCCUUGUGCCUGUAAUUACACUGGCUCACUCACCCUUCAAACCGGAACACAACAAUAUCAAGUAUUGCUGUUUUGCGGUAGAAUAUCUGAUGAGUGGGUGGUACCUACCCAGACGGGCUUGCACAAAGCCCUACCACCAGUGAAUAUAUAAAUAAAUAAUAAUUAAAGUAAUAAAUGAAUUGAAAUCGAAAUAUACUUUAGUCGAGUACGCUUGUGUAAGUAUUUUUACUUGCUUGUAGAAGGCCUGCAGCGGUUCGAGAGUUAGUAAUUAUAUAUCUUUAUGUUUCACGAUGUUCAUGAGAUUAACGAAUAAUACCAUCUUGGUUAUUUUAGGGAAACAAUUACGAAUUGCUAUUAUUAUUUUUUCUAUUGACGAUAUAUCAAUUGCCAUGAAAUUAUGCCACAUGUGUAUUCUACCAAUCCGGGAGCACCGUGGUGGAAUAAGCUCCAAACCUUCUCAAAGAGAGAGGAGGCCUUAGCCCAGCAGUGAGACAUUAACAGGCUGUUACUGUUAUAUCAAUUUGAAUUUGUAUUAUUUUUUAACGUUGCAUAUUCCCUGUUGAAGUAUAUGUGUUUCGGUGCGCUUUGAAAAGCAAAAUAGUUUAUUUGUUAAACGUAAUGUGCGUUACGUUAUACGUCAUCGUAUCCAUAAUAAUCUCGAAUUGUAAUCUCUUGAGAAAUUUAGAAUCUCAAUUAUUUUUAUAAAGAUAAUAAAAAAUAUAUCAAAUUUAAUGUUAUUAUAACUUUUAAAAAGUUUUAUGCGUGUUCGCUUCCAUGAUUAUUACUUGUUAUCACGUGUGAGCCACGUGCGCCUGGCGACUCCGUGUAGGAGUGGGCUUUAUAGCUUAAACAGUAAGUAUUAUGUAAUCAGUUUAAACGUGUUUAAUUUAAAUACCUAACGAUUGUAUGUAAAUGAAUAGUAUAGGCUGUGCUCUGCCUUACAUAAUACAUAUAUUUGUAACAGAUGAUAUUAUAUAAUACAGAUUAUAAAAUAAAUGAAUUUUGUUGCCAAUAUAAA